GGGACGAGGCGGGGGGGAAGGCGAGAGGAAUUCGGUAAUGGCGACGGGUUCGGCAGAUACUUUGGAACAUCCUAACAUGGUGUGGGAAGUGAAGACGAAUCAGAUGCCUAACGCAGUUCAGAAGCUGCUCUUGGUAGUGGACAAGAGAACUUCAGGGAUGAAUGAGUCACUGGAGUUGUUGAAGUGUAAUGAAAACCUGCCCUCCUCUCCUGGAUAUAGGGUUGCGAGUUCUGUGUUCCGGGAUGGUUCGAGAGGAGGCUUUGUGUUGGUCAAGGGAGAUAAGCCAGAGACAGGAAAGCUGCGAAGAGUGCCUCGCGUAAAGAAGCUGCGCCCUGACUGUGAAGGGGCAUGGUUUGGCCACGAGCGUGCAGAAUUGUGCGAAUACGACUUCUUCGUGCUGGUCAGUGCUAGGGUGAUCUGUGCGUGGAAGCUACGAGGCUGUGCAGACAGACUCGUGGCCUGCAUCUGCGCUUUUCGCAGCGUCGGGUCACGCGAUGCUGUCAACUCGAGGAUGUUCAGAGGCCGUUCGUGGAAGCAGGAUGACCGUCGAAAGCAGCAAGUGGUGCAGAGAAGUGGACUCAUUCUUAAUGCAUUUUUCUAUUGCAGAUCAUCUCCUGUUCACAUUAUAGCUACAAGCAAAAGUUUACAUUCCUAUGCACGUCCUCCACCGGGAUCCUCAAAGAAUGAUCCCAACUUCUCCAAGAGUGAUUUGGAGGAAGCACCGGUCCGACACGAAAGGACGAAUAGCGAAUCGGAGUCUGGUAUUUUCUGCAUGUCGUCACUUUCAGAUGAUGAUGAUCUGGGAUGGUGCCAUUCUUGGCCCCCAACUGUGUGGCACUGUUUCCUGAAAGGUUCUCGUUUGUGCUUUCAUAAAGGGCGCAAUAAGGAAUGGCAGGACAUUGAAGAUUUUGCAAGAUCUGAAGGCUGUGGAAAAGACGAAAAUCUCUCAGUGAGUGCUUACAAGGGCUAUGGCUCCGAUGGUUUGAAGCUCAUUUCUCAUGAGGAAAGCAUUUCCUUUGGUGAGUCAGUGCUGAAGUUGACUUUUGAUCCUGGCACAGUGGAGGAUGGCCUGCUCACAGUGGAGUGCAGACUUGAUCACCCUUUUUAUGUUAAAAAUAAAGGUUGGUCAUCUUUUUAUCCAAGCUUGACUGUGGUACAGCAUGGCAUUCCAUGCUGUGAAAUGCAUCUUGGAGAUCUGUGUCUACCUCCUGGACACCCUGAUGCCAUUAACUUUGAUGAUUCAGGUGUUUUUGAUACAUUUAAAAGUUAUGACUUCACACCGCUGGAUUCCUCAGCAGUGUAUGUGCUCAGCAGCAUGGCUCGCCAGCGCCGCGCUUCUCUGUCGUGUGGAGGAUCAAACAAUCCAGAUGCCGAAAGAUCAGAAUGCAGUACUACAAACUGUGCAGCUGCUGCGGCAUCGCAUCUUUCCCCCACUUCUUUGUACAGCAAAGCUGGCAAAAGCCACGGCUCAGGGACUGCAAGUACUGUGAGUGCCACUUCUCCAAACAAGUGCAAAAGACCAAUGAAUGCCUUCAUGCUUUUCGCCAAAAAAUACAGAGUUGAAUAUACUCAGAUGUAUCCAGGGAAAGACAACAGAGCCAUAAGUGUGAUACUCGGUGACAGGUGGAAGAAAAUGAAGAAUGAGGAGAGGCGGAUGUACACGCUAGAAGCCAAGGCCUUGGCAGAGGAACAGAAACGUUUAAAUCCUGAUUGUUGGAAGCGAAAACGAACAAAUUCUGGCUCACAGCAGCACUAAGCCGGGAUUCUGCCCACAACGAUGACAAAAUGGCUGUUGCUUGAUGGCAAGAAGACGUGAGAUCGAAGUCUAUUUGUUGUGAAUUUGUGUGACCAUAAAAUGCUGGCACCAUCAAGUCAGAAAUGAUGUAAUAGGAGUGCGGAUUGCUUUUUACAAUAGAACAUUAAGUAAGCUAAAACUAUCAGCAUUUUAAACCAAAUUGCCUUAUUUUUCUUCCAAACUUCAUAUAUGUAUCAGGUAAUAUAGGCUUGAAAAUGGAUAUCCUGUGGUGCUAAAGUACUUCAGAAAGAGGCGAAGGAGAUGUGUAUAAAUGUUUAUUUUUAAAAGGAAAUGUACAAAAAGGGGAAUUUUAAAAUACGUAACAGCUGUUUAUAUACAUCGAUUCUUAUUGCUGAUUUAUAUGUAUUGCACAACCAUAUUAUUAAUUACGAUUCUGGGGGGCUGGGAUUUUCUGAAAGGGCAGCAGUGUGUCACCAGCAGCCUCCCAGUCUGCCCAGAUGCCAACAAGUGAGCAGGACGUGUGGGAAGUGGGGAGCACAGUGAGCUGUAGCACAGGAGCCGCUUCUUGGGCCGCCACCGACGGCGUCCGUACCCGCAGUGAGAUGUUUGCACCAGCUGGCAGUAGCAGAGCCCUUCCUUCCACCAGAACCGAGGGCAAAACGAAUAAACAGCGUUAUCUCAAGCAAACAAUGGUGCUGUUGACGUUGUCACCAUCGUAGUUUUAACUUUGUGUUUUUGGUCUUUGCCACGUAUUCUACAAUAUUUUAUUUUGCCAUAAGACCUCUUCAUGGUGGGGGCAAACUUUGCACUUAACUAUACGUGCAACACUUGCACUUUACUUCUUUUCCUCCUCCAACUGUCUGACUUAGAGCGGCCGCAGUAGGCUUACAUUGCUUCUGCUGUGAACUACAAUCAUGGCUUUCAUGUACUAAACAGCUGUGUGUUUCUUUUUUUGUUGGUUUUUUUUUUUUUUUUAAUCACAAGUGUAAAUUUCAGUUUGACACGUCUACAAGAUGUUGCCCCCAAGAUUUUUGCACACUAUAUUCUUGUAUAUUAUUUCAAAUAAAUUCAUUAAAAUCUG